AUGCGGCUUGAACCUCUAGGAGUCAGACAUCAGUGCUGGCUAUGCGUUUCUAUGGGUCUCUGCUGGCUUCACUUGGUGUAUGCGCAGGUCAAUGUUACUUUGCAAUCUACGAAUCCGGACAUCAUCUACAAUCCCCCAGCAUGUGACGGUACGACUGCUUCAGUAUCUUGCUCUAACAGUUCGUGGCGAAUUAUUCCGUCAUCAGAUGGUCCUGACAGUGUAGUGACAUCUACAAACGGACCGAAAAUUGGCGGUUUCAUACCCCAGCUUUUCAUGACGUUCACAGGUCUGGCUCUGUAUAUACGCACCUCGUCGCUAUCGAACGCAACUGCAAACAUCACGCUCUUCACCGAGGAUCCCGUAAUCUCAAUCACGACAGAAGUAGACUCAGCUGUAGGACUCAUAGUCGCCGUCGAUCUGCAACCGGACAAGGCUACUACUUUGGCGAUUACCUUCGUACCCUCCAGUAAUGCUACACGAUUGGAUAUCUCAUCCUUCACGAUCACUAUACCCACUAACGAUACGUCGCCAUUCCCGUCUACCACCCUGCCAAUAUCCAGUUCGUUACCAACCUUCUCACCACUUCCGUCGCCGACUCCUACAACAGGGUCGAACAGAGUUUCGCAGUCAACUGGGGACAUUGUAGCAGAGGUACUCGGAGCAGUCUUGGGUGUGGUUUUAGGCGCGUCAGGAGCUUUCGCAUUCCGUUACUACCGGAGGCGGCGACGGCAGGAGGCUGAAACUCUCAGCGCUCAAGGUUGA